AUGUCGACCUCUCCGAUCCUUUUGAAACUGGUCAUCCUGGGUGACUCUGGAGUAGGCAAGACUUCGUGUCUGGAGCGUUUCGUUAAUCGACGCUUCUCGCUGCAGUACAAGGCCACCAUCGGAGCCGAUUUUUUAACGAAAGAACUGGAACUUUUUGACGAUAGCCCCUGCGACGAAGGCGUCACUGCUCCCAAAGAAAAAACAGGAACGUCGGAGCCUGGAGGCGCUGGUGUAGCGACUUGCGAGUUCAGCACCGAAGCGUGCGGAAGAAGACGGCAAGUGUGUCUGCAAAUCUGGGAUACGGCCGGACAAGAACGAUACCAGUCACUUGGUGCUGCAUUCUAUCGUGGUGCAGACGGUUGCGCCCUCAUGUUCGACUUUAGCGAGGCCAGUUCGCUCGCGAGUGUAACGUCGUGGCGCGAAGAGUUUCUGUUGCUAGCGGCACCACCAGCUGCGUCUACGUUUCCAUUUGUGCUUCUGGGAAACAAGGUCGACCUUGUGCGCUCCCAAACAUCGGUAUACGAAGCCACUCGCGAGCAUGCGCUUUCGUGGUGUGCCGCUCAUCACGCGAUACCAUUUUUUGAGACCAGCGCUCUCGAGAAUACGGGCAUUGACCGAGCCAUGACGACGCUGGCGCGAACAGCGCUUCUCUAUCACGAACAGGUGCACAAAGCAGCCGGCUAUGAACCAGAUGCCAUUCUCGAUUCCCUGCAAAACAACCGGGCGGCAGCGAAUAACUGCGCGUGUUAG